AUGGAGGGUAGAGACAUGGUUAGUGGGGUUACGGUGGUGGGAUCCGAUGGUCCGUCGGGCUACCAUGCUGCUCCCAGGAACGACAAUCCAGCUCCGGCGGGGGGAUCCGCCGUGGCCAUGCCGGGAACGCAGGUGGGUGUUCCGCUGCAGCAGCAGCAGGCGGCGGUUGCAGCGGUGGCGGAGAAGAAGAAGAGGGGUCGACCCAGGAAGUACGCAGCAGACGGGUCGGUUACUAUGGCAAUGUCUCCGAAGCCGAUUUCUUCUUCGGGUCUGCCGGCGAUGAUCGAUUUCUCUUCGGGAAAGCGCGGGAAAGUGCGGCCACCUGGCUCUGUCAGCAAAGCCAAGUUCGAGGCGAGUGGGUUGGAUGCUCGUCAAUCGGUGCUAAUUUUACCCCCCCAUUUCAUCACUGCUAAUUCCGGGGAGAUAAUAUCGUUUUCUCAGCAAGGACCACGAGCUAUAUGUAUUCUUUCUGCAAAUGUAGUCAUAUCAAGUGUGACACUUCGUCAACCUGAUUCUUCCGGAGGUACACUGACAUACGAGGGACGGUUUGAGAUUCUGUCUUUGAGCGGAUCAUUCAUGCCAAAUGAUAAUGGUGGAACACGGAGCAGAUCCGGUGGCAUGAGUAUUUCCUUAGCAAGUCCGGAUGGACGUGUUGUAGGCGGCGGAGUAGCUGGUCUAUUGGUUGCUGCAAGUCCUGUGCAGGUAGUGGUAGGCAGUUUUCUCGCAGGCAAGCAACAGCAAUCAAACCACAAAAAGCAGAAAUUUGAGGUAAUAUCAACAGCCACGCCACCCGCUGCAGCCGCUGCUCAUGCUAAUCUCUCAACUUGCUCUUCCUGGAGUAACCCAACUGAUAUCAGUGUGUCAUUUCCUGGAGGCUAGUUUCA